GAAUGACUAAACUCCGAUACCCAAUGGCAGACUCCGGGUGAUGCAGUCACCUUGGGACUGGAAGCGAAUGAUUGAAAUGCAUAUGUUUGGAUCCCUUUCGUCUUUCUAGGUGGUACUUAUAGUGGCUGAGGCCCGAGGGCUUUGUUUCGGAUCUCAAAACCCGCCGUACCUCGAAUGCUGCUUCUCUACCUAGCUUUCCCCUUUUUUCCCGCUCUGCGCAGACUAUUGUACCGCCAUGCCCGCUACCAUAGCAAGUCUUCCCGCAGAGCUGUUACUCGACAUCUUCACAAUCGCGUACACUGAUACAGGGCAUACCAGGUGGUCGCUCACAGCCGUUUCGCAACAUUUUCGGACGCUCUGUAUUGGUAGCGGUGUCGAUAUCGAGACCGUUGCUUUGCAUGGAGUCGACAAGAUGAAAACGUUCCUGGUGGUUUUAGAGCAAAGGGAGAAACGAGCUAGACGGGUCAAAUAUCUCUUCCUCACAGAUCGUGUUGGAAUUGAGGACGCGAAUGCUGGUCGGAACCGUUGGGUCGCAUCCACUACUCCAGAAACCUGUGCGAACUCCCCGGUUUUCCUUGCGGACCAGAUCCUUCGUAGCAUCUUGGACCACGAUCUACGUAUCCUAACUGUCCACCUCCCUCACUAUCGCCUCGCAAUGCCAACCAGUCCCUCGGUCUUCUCGACACCCUUCCCCUCGCUAACCGACCUCACCCUCCACGCAGCGCUCGAUUGCUGUUUCUUCGAUGCCUUCUGCGCAUGUCCGAGCCUGAAGCGCCUACAUAUUGCCGCUUACAACCAACUACCAGAAGACUUCGGGGGUUCAAUCAAGUCGAUUGCCCCGAAUCUCACCCAUCUCAAAUUGUCCGCUGUCCGCAGCCUUUCAACGUCCGGUAGCUUGAUUGAUGUUCUCCGCGCAUACGCUAGCGGAGUUGAUACGAUUCAGAAUGCCACUAUCAACGCCAAGGACAACCGCCCUGUCAAUUCGAUCGCGAAAGGGAAUAACGAUGCCAUACCUAUCGAUCCCGAGCUACCUUCUAGUGUUCAUACAUUGAUCGUUGGAUUUGCCACGUUCUUCCAGCCCAGCGUCGGAGGCCGUUCAGGAAGGCAGCAGAUCAACUACUUGCGGACGGCUCAGACACUGCGUCAGCUGGCUGGUUCGGGCAACCAUAAGCUUCUUGUAAGCGAUGACGGUAUUGCGAGUGCGGGUGGGCGGAGGUUGGUGGUGUGUCCUCCUCCUGCGAUUCGUUCCCAGGAUGACAUCGAGGAGGACACUAGAGAGUGUUACGUACGACUGCGGACGGAGUGGGAAGAGAGAGUUGCCGGAGAGGAGGCUGGUUGGGAUGUUGUACAUCAUUCCGUUCCAUGACCUCAAAUAGUUGCAGCGUUUGAGUGGGUCAAUGGAACCUGUUUUUCGUUUAUCUUACUGUCGAUGCGGCCAGCGAUGAUCCUGGGAAGUGGUCUCGUCUGUUCGUUAACUUUUGACGAGUCGCGGCGCUUUUCCAUGUCCACGAGCAUGCGAAUUAUGCCACUAUCCUUAACCUCAAUCACAUCUAACUGAUUUAGUGCAAUGAGAAAGGCAUUCAAUGUCUUUCCAGUAGUAUUGACCUUCGAG